AUGUGUUGCGCUGCACGGGCGUACACCAGGACUAGUCUACGGUGAAUACUCGAUGAUAGCUGACCAGUGGCAACGGCUGUCAACGCACGACGUUAGUUUGACGCUUAAAAAGCGGAUCACCAAACCGGUAUUGAUAUUUUCAACAGCCGACAGUUUUGGGGCAAAUUGGUGAAAAAAAUGGAAAAUUAAAUUUUCGAAAAUUACUUAAAAGCGGUUUUCAAGAGUGACUAAGUGCGGUUUAUGGUUGUGUAAGGUGGCUUUCGAACGGCAAUAUCGUCUGAAGCACCUUAAAUUUCGGUGGAAAACCCUGUGCACGUGCAAAUAAAAUCGCUGUACAGUGGUGUGCUCAAUCGUGAGUGUGUGUGUUUGUUUGCUGCGUAUAAAGUUUGUGGCACAUACAGCUCUAUAAUACUACAUUGCUAUAAUUCUGCGUGUCAGUGCGUUAACGUUGCGCGGCGCGGCUUUAAAACGUUUUUGCUUUGUUUUUUUCGUUACUUCCUGUACCCAUCGCUCUGCCACAAAUGGUAGACGUGUGCGGUAUUCGUGCGUUUCGUGCGUGUUACGUUGUUAGCGUUUGUUUUUGUAGCGCUAUCUGUUAGCAUUAAAACGUCAAGACCUGUGGCAGCUGGCAAGCAGGCAGUGCGACUUGAAAAAUAGGCAAAACAAGCAUAAACCCUAAAAGUAUGCUAUGAAAAUAUGAAAACGCGCUUAUUUGAAAAAGUAUAAUAAACAAGAAAAAACAACAACAAUUACAGCUUGACACCUUUUUGCGCACACAUAAAUCAAAUAGCGCAUCCGCUUGCGUGUCACGCGUGGCACGCUUACCAAAGCAACCUUUUGCACAAUUCUACACAGUGCAGCGUGAAAAAAGUGCAGUUGUACAAUUCGCAUUCGCAUUCACAAUCACAAUCGUAUAUUCGUGCUGCCGUUCCGGUUGCUGCAACACAAACAAAGCAAGUUCGCAUUUAUUAUUCAUAAAGUCAAAUACUUGUGUGCAAAACAACGGCAACAACACGCAGCGCGGUGUAACGGCGUGUAAAGCAGCGAGCAGCAGCUAUAUGAAUGUCUAAAACAAAUAAACACAGCAAAUAAAAACAAAUAAAAAACGCACUUGAGUGCGAGUUUUGAGUGUCACGCCUGCGAGCACAUUUCGUUGCAUACUUUUCAGCGUCCGGUAGGCAUUGUUGCCAUAUACAUACAUACACACAUACUUACAUGUAAGUGUAGCAUUGUGUAGGGAAACGCAGCGCGUUGUUAACCUAAAUAUGCACGACGAGCAAUAGGCGCAAAAAAUCCCAAGCUUGAAAAGGAAAUAAUGGCAGAAAGUCAAAAGGCUGUGCCACAUAAAGUGUCAUUGCCAUUUGUGUUGUUGUGCGGCGCAUAAGAAAGUUGUGUAAUAGUAAUUAAUAUAAAUGCAAAUGCCAUAAAUCACAGUGUGCUAAAAAACUGCUAGAAGCUGGCAAAAUUUUCCGUAUAAAUGUGUGCUGCUUGAUUUCGAAAGCGUUAGCUUGUGUUGCAUAUAACAUAGCAUAGCAUAUAAUAUAAUAAAAAAUACAUAAAUUGUUAUCUGUGUCAACGGAAGUGUGCGCAGUUAAAUUUUAAUAUUUACUACAUAAUAAAUCAGCGCAUAACACUUUAGUUGUGCUCAAAUACGAAUUAACUAAGAAAUAGUUUAUCAGUGUCACGUAAACUACAAAAAAACUUUAAAAUUUUGGGAACAACUGUGAAUCAAUGGACUUUAUACGAAAUUCAAGCACCAGCAAAUAGAGACAUCAGAAAAGAUUAUUGUGGAUUUUUGGUGACAGUGUAAACAACUACUAAAUGAAGUAAUCAGCACCGGCUGGAGGCAAACAAAAACAGCAAAAUCAUUUUGAAAUCGCCAAAAGAAGCAAAACAUUGCGUACGCGUAUGGUUGGCAACACCAAAAGUCAUAUCGAGUUACUAAGAAAUCGCAUAACAAUUGCAACUGAUUAUUUGGAAUGCGAAAAUAAAUUGUUGCAUGCAUAUCUACGAAUGUGACGGCAAAAAACGCACAACCGUUCCGGAAUUUGGAAAAAGCACGUAUAGAUAUGCAUGUACAUAUGUAUGCGAAAUUGCAUAACAAACUCAUUUAUCAAAUCAAGAGGAUAGUGCGAGCGCACAAAAAACACGCAAACUGAACAAGAAAUACAAAUAAGAUUACAAGCCGAGGCGAAGAUUCAAUACAAUGCAAAUAAAAACCAACUAAAGUACUUGUGCUCACUACAAAUGAUAUUAAUGCCACAAAGCAGCAAGUGAACGGGUGAGCGGAGCGGAGCGGAACGGGCGCACAAUAAACGAGCAAAUUGGGAGAUGGCAGAAAAACGCAAGGGCAGGGCAAGCAGCUGAAGAAGUGCUUCGCACAGACAAGAAAUUGCGAGCAUAGCGAUUUUCACAUGAAAAAUGAUGUUUAUAUGAAAUUAUGGUGAAAAACAUGAAGUUCGAGUUAUUGCAUACGAGCAAACGCGCCACAUUCAAUGCAAUAACAACACAUUAUUAGGUCAAAUAAAAGAAAAAGGAAGCAGAAAGAGCACUGAAAGGCAGAAGCGCUAACAAAGCAACAGAUAUGGUUGCAGAAGUGAAGGGAAGGGAAGUGAAAAGCGCGCGAUGACAAGAAAGACGCUAUGAAAAAAUGCUAAUGUAAUAAGUGUAACAUAGUGAAAAGAGGACAGAAGAGCACAACAGCAAUAAGCAAAGUAACGGCAGCGCCAAAAAAGCUUGGCGACAUACAGAUAUUACUGCCAAAACGAGAGCACUGACCACAAAAAGCAGAAGAGCUCCGUACUAAGAAAGGAGAAAGGAACAAAGAGGGAAGAGCGUGCAGAAAGUGAAAAGGCAAAUCUGCACUACGAGCAGAAGACAUUAUUGUCAGGACAAGCAAUACAAAUAUAAAUACCGUAUAGGGGGCGUGACAAAAGUAGGCUAUACACGGGCCUCAUAAGAACAACAGCAGUUUUGUAUAAUUUAUCAAAGUUGCAGUGUAUUUCUUUUACAAAGCAUAAGAAAACAUAUAAACACAUACCUACAAGCACAUAUACACAUUAUAGAAAGCACCGUUAUAACGGCGCGGCAAUGCAAAAUUUAUGCGCCACACUUAUCGGCCGUGCUUCUUGCGACGACUUCAGUUCAAAAACACAUUAACCCUAAUGAGUGAGCGUAUCAGCGCGCUAGACGAGACGAAACUAUCACAAUAACAACAACAAGAAGUGUGAAAACUUACGGCAUUACACGCGCUUAUCAGCGGGUGUCUACUUGGCUGCCUUGGUGUGUGGGUGCCACCGACGUGCUGGUAGUUGGUGCUGGUGUCGCUGCUGCGCCAACGUUUCGUCGCGUAUUUUACAAACACAAAUGUCACCGAUAUUAAUGCCAAUGCACAUGCUGGAAAUUCGGAUAAUACUACUUUGCCUGCCAUCGAUAUUACUGGCGACGACGCUGGAGCCAGAACAAAAAUCAAUACUCACCGAUAGCGACUGGAAGAAGCUAUGGAUGCGAGGCGGUAUAAAUCCCGAUUCAAAAUUGGAUAACAAUCUCGACACAAGUGACAGUCCGAUGUUCGAGGAUAGUGAGAUGGCGCACAACACGACCGUCCAGUUGGGUGGCACCGCAUUUCUGGUUUGCAAAGUGUCCGGCGUGGAUAGAGUGGGUGUAAAUUGGAAUCAGAUUUCUUGGAUACGUCGACGCGACUGGCACAUCCUUUCGUCCGGCGCUCAACUCUACACCAACGACGAACGCUUCGCGAUACUGCACGCGCCCGGCUCCAACAUGUGGACGUUGCAGAUAAAGUUCGUGCAGCGGCGAGAUCACGGCAUGUACGAGUGUCAGGUAUCAACGCCGACAGGCAUCAUUUCGCAUUUUGUGAAUCUGCAAGUGGUCGUACCCGAGGCAUUUAUACUGGGCUCCGGUGAGCUGCACGUCGACAUGGGAUCCACAAUAAAUCUCGUCUGCAUAAUUGAAAAGAGUCCAACUCCACCACAGUAUGUGUAUUGGCAGAAAAACGAUCGCCUUAUUAACUAUUACGACACGAGGCGUGACAUUUCAAUCGAGACCACACCUGGACCACGUACACAAAGUCGCCUCAUCAUAAGAGAGCCACAAAUCACUGAUUCGGGAAAUUACACAUGCUCAGCCAGCAAUACGGAGCCAGCGAGCAUUUACGUUUUCGUGUCAAAAGGCGAUAAUAUGGCGGCUAUAUCACGAAAGACUUCCUCGGCCGAUCGGAUUGCAGCGAUAUUCAAAUAUCUUUUGGCCCCUUGUGUGCUGGUGAAUACGCUGGGUAUAAGGCGCAUUUUUUUAACCUAAGACUUAAAUUAAACAUAACGAAUAAAUUAUAAAUAAUCCUAUUUAAGAUAUUUUCAAUUUAGAUCUAACAAAAAAAUGCAGAAAAAUAUGGAAAAACUAUCUUAAAAUAGCAGUAAACUAUAAAUUUUAGCACAAUUUAAAUACAUAUGUAUUAUUUAUUAAUGUUCCAAUAAAAAAGUAAGAAAACAAUUAAAAGCAAAUAAAUAAAUAUACAACAAAAUAAUGAAAGCGAAGCGAGCAUUAAAUUGUUGCGAGUAAAAAACUGUAAAUAGCGUUAGAAUAUUGACACAAUAAAAAAAUACUUUAAAUUAAUAUAACUGUAAAUUACUAUGUGUGAGGCAUAUUUCGUUAUUAGAUUACAAAUUACAAAACAAAAAUAUCAUAUGCGAGGGCAUGUGUGUAAAUUAAAUUGAUUAAUGAUAUGUAUAUGUAUGUGUAAUUACGAUUAAAUUUAGUAUUAAUUUUGUAAUUCAAAUAUCAUAAAAAUUUAGUUGUAAUAUUUUUUGUAUGUAAAAAGCAUUUACCCUGCUCAGUUUGCGGCGCGAAACUUUGUACAUUUUCAUGGAAAAGGAAGGAGAGCAAAAAAUAAAAGCAAAACCCAAGGAAAAAACUAACAAAAAUAAAUAAACAUCAACACACAUAAAUUAGUAUUGCCAUUAAUUGUAAUUAAUUAAAUUAAGGUUUUGUUACGCAUUUACGCUUAUCCGUUGAAAUCAAUUAAAAACCUAAGUGAGAGUUCAUAAAAAAUACAGUUAUAUACAUAUAUAAAUUAAGAAUGAACGCUUAAUGGAACAUAACGGGCGAGCGCGAGAGUUGGGUUUAAGCGAACUGGCGCAAGAGAAAAUUUAUUAUAUUUAGAUGUUAAUGAAUUUAAAUAUAAUAAGCAAAUGAAUGACGUAGUGAAACUAUAGUUAAAAAUAUAUGUAGAAAAUAAAUAAAUGAAUAAAUAAUAAAUAGUUUAAAAAAUAUCAGAAAUAAGCUUAAAAAUUGAAGACACAAAAACCGACUAAGAUAAUUUGUGAAUAAAAGGCAAAUGCGACAAGAUGCGAGCGCAACAAAAAUAUUGAUAAUAAGCAAGAAAUCCAAGAUAAAAUUAUUAUAAAUUCUAUUAAAUGUAGAAUCCUUAUUAAAAUUCCAUGAAAAUUAAACAUACAAAAAUAAGACACUACAAAUGUUCACCGAAACUGCCGAGGCAGUCAAAUAUGGCAAUUAGAAAUGAAAACGUUAAUACAGUGGGCACAAGUUUAUUUUCAUUUGUUUGAAUGUUUUUAAGUUAAUAAGGAUUUCUUUUUCGAAAAAAGGCACAAAAUAAUAAAGCAAAUUUAUUUCGAAAAAAAUAAUAGCUGUCACUUAGUUGGAAUGAAAAUAUUGAGAUGGAACAGUAUACAUCCGCUUUUGAAGUUAGAAUCACCUAUCUAUCUAUAUAUCUGUCAGUCAGCGAAUAAUGCCUGAAAGCAUAAAUUUAGUUUAAACUAAAUUCCAAAAUGUUCAACGCAAACCAUUUCUUAUAUAUAUUUUUCAUCAAAAACAAGCGUUUUAAUUAUUAUAUACAACUAAUUUUGUAAUAUAUCUACAAACCCACAAAUUCACCUCAGAACAUCUUCAUAUAAGAGACUCCGACACACCAAAGGAUAAAAAGUAGUGAAUCGAACAAACUACAACCUGAAUCCAAAGCGCUAUAGUUUUCCCAAACAAAACGAAACAUACCCAUUGCUUAAAUAGAGUAAGCGUACUUUCUUCACUAAGUUUCUAAAGUGCUCUAGCUCUCCUAUGAGUCUAUAAUAUGGAUUCAUAAUUAUUGACCAGUUGAAAUAGACAUUAAUUGCUUAUAUAAUAUCGGUUAUUAACUUAUAUUUUUGCUGACAUAUCGAGAAGACUGCCGGAAAUGUCUAGAGCAAGGCACCAGGCAAACAAUGGAACAGCUCUUGUGCACUUUUCCCGCAUUGGCAAGACUACGCAUUAAGCAUCUGGGGACCCCACAAUAUGAAACACUGGAGGAAGUAUCGAUAGUGAGGCCGCAGAGCCUGUUAGAAUUUGCUUCAAGUGCAGGCAUCCUGAAGGAUAACUACUUCUCUUGGACCUGACAACUGAACUGCAUCCGGUAUCGUAAAGGAGCAAAACUAGUCUAUGGGUAGCUCAUUGGCCUGAUUAACCUAACCUAUAUUCUUGAAUAUAUAAAUGAAAUAUUAGUCUCUGAUUAGUCUCCAACGAAGUAGUAAUGCAAGCAAGAACUUGCAACAAUACGUGCAACAUAGCCAGCAUUCUUCAUUAUUAAGACUUGAACUAUAACCAAGUGAAAGCUUAUUUCAGAGACAACUAUAUGUGUCGAAAGAUUUUUUUGCCGUUAUGCUAUAUGGUACUAUAUUUAUGUUAUACCUCGUUGUAUUUUCUUAGUUUAUUUGGAGUGUAAAUUUUAAAAGGUUUACUUCGAAAUUCUUAAAAGGUAUGAAAGACGGUGAUCGUGCUCAACCAGUGAACGUAUGUAGGUAUAGGUAUCUUACUCACUGUCUUUCAUACAUUUAUGCUUGGAAAAUAUUAACAAUCUUGACAAAUCUAAUUAGUAUGAUCUUCCAAUUUUUUAAUGAACCUGCUCGUAAUCGCUCUUUCUAUGAUCGUUCAUUCGAAAUCAAACUUAUAUCAUUUCGAUCUACCCUAUCGAGUGUUUAACAACUAGGAUUAUGUAUAAAUACUUCAAAAUGUUAGAAGCUGCAAAAUAAUAUUGAUCCUACCAUACUACUACACGGAAAAUAUUGUACUAAAAUUCUUCAGAAAUAAACCUUAUGAAUUUUUACAUUGCUUUGUAUUAUUGCUCCCUCUUUUAUUUAAUGCGUUUACGCAAAUAUUUAGAGAUUAAUUUAUUUUAUUACACAGAACAUAUAAUAUUAUACAAUUUGGUUUAAUACGUUUGCUGCCCACUGUACAUCUGCCGCAUUGUAACUAUAUUGAAAUAAAAAAGAAAUGAAGAAAAUACAUACAUAACUAUUUGUAGAUAAGCGCAUUUAAUGUACACAAUUCAGUAUGAGAAUAAACAGACAUUCAAAUCAUUA